AUGAAAGUGUCUUUAUGGACAAUUGAUGGUGUCACCAUCUGGAAUAAUAUAGACCUACCCUAUUGUGACCAUGUUAAUUGUGGUAUAACAAGUACAGUGAUUACUGACUGGGGUCUUACAAGAUUAUUAUUGCUAAUAGAUAGAGGCCUUUGUUUUAAAGUGAAUGGCCAAGAUUUGUCCAACUCUACACAUGAGGAAGCCGUAGAGGCAUUCCACUCUGCCCAGGAACCAAUAGUUGUAGAAGUAUUACGUAGAGCUAAUAAAAAUAAAAUGAAGAGUCGAUCACCAACAUUAGUUUCUAUUGGAACACAAACAGAAGAAGAUUUUUAUUGUUAUAACCGUCCACCAACUCCACCACCCUUACAUUAUCCACAUUUAUCUCACGGAAUUUCGAAGUAUUUUGUAAGAUUUGAUGUAACAGUUGGAAGAUUUAAAACUAUUGGAAUCAACUUGACAACAAAUACUGGUCAAAAACUUAUGAAAUUAAGAGAUCAGUCUUAA